CCCCUAAUGAACCAACAAUUGAUUUUACAUGGAAAAAGCUUCGUUCUACAAAGUUAGAGCAUGAAUAGCAUGUAAAGCCACUAACUUAGUGACUGUUUUUAAAUUUAUGCUUUUGAUCCAACGACUAUUUUUUCUGAUGGAUACUGUUGCAUGUUUUCUUUCUUAUACCUGCGAUCUAUCCUAAAGAAGCCACACUUUUUAUAUUCAGGUACAAGACAACACCAAAUACGAGGCAUGAAAGCGGCCCCUAGUUUGAUCGUCCAUUACGAUUCACAGCGCUAUUUAUUCAAUUGUCGAGAAGGUACUCAGCGGUUGUGUGUACAAGAAAAAGUAAGAUUGUCCAAGUUAAGCAAUGUGUUCCUUUCAAGAGUUGAUUGGGAUUGCAUGGGCGGAUUAACAGGUAUGCUUUUGACUUUAACCGAUGCUGGUGUAAAAAAUAUUGAUAUUCAUGGUGCAAAGAACUUAUCACACUUUGUUGCUGCAACAAGACAUUUUGUUUACAGAACCAAUGCCACUGUCAAUGUGCAUGAGUAUAGUGAAGAAUCACUACCUUAUAGUGAUAAGAAUCUGUCCGUGACACCUGUGAUAGUUGUGCCCAACAAGGCCAAAAAGAGAAGCUUUGAUCAAUUUAGUAGUAGCAGUAAUAGUGAUCAAGAAGAAAGUAGUAGUAGUAGUAGUGAAACAUCAGAUAGCGAACAUCGGUUACAAAAACGAGCAUCCAUAUCACCUUCCGAAGCAGAUACAUAUAGAAAAAAGGUGAUUUCACUCAUGUUUACAGACUCAAACAAAGGAGAGAAAGCACCUGGACAUACGAUCGAAGCUGAAUGCUCACCUAGAACGAAAGCAGUACAUCCAUUAGCAAAAGCAGAAAAUCAAAGGGACCAUUUGAUGCAGUCAUUACCACCUACUCGGCCUUAUCCAGCUGCUACAACGUAUAUUUGUCAAGGUACUACUUUGCCUGGUAAAUUCAAUAAAGCAGCAGCACUAGCAUUAGGCAUUAAGCCCGGUCCUCUGUAUGGUAAACUGCAAAAGGGGAUGUCAAUCACGCUAGAAGAUGGUCGAGUUGUUACUCGAGAUAUGGUCUGUGAUCCUGAAGUGCCCGGUCAUGUAUUCAUUGUGGUUGAUUGUCCUAGUGUAGCCUAUAUUGAUGGCUUGGUUCAUUCAAACAAAUUCAAAGACUUCCAAACUGAAGGAAAGUACAAGACACACGUCAUGAUCCAUUAUGUAGGCCAAGGUGUUCUUGAAGAUGAUCGCUAUAAGGUUUGGUUGAAUUCAUUUGAUUCAACUACCGACCAUAUUUUUGGGUCUACAGAACUCUGUGCACAAACAGUCCAGUUUACAUCACAUGCUAUAGGCCAAGUAAAGUUGUCUAUGCUCAACCCUGAUAUUUUCCCUAUCCCCAAGUAUAACAAUGUCCCUCAAAUAUCACUAUCUGAAGUCAAAGGUUUACCUAUAAAUAGUUUUCGAUUAGAGAGCAUGGCCCAAUAUAACUUGGAACCUAGAAAUGGAAUCGAAUAUAUGGACCGACCUGCCUUUAAUCACACCGAUUUAAACUUGCCUGCUAUCAAAGAAAUAGACCAAAACAAAGAAUAUCACGAGGCAGUCAAAAUGGCCAAAGCAGAAGCUGCUCAGGUCGAUAUCAGCGAAAAGUUCCCUGGCGAUGACGUCGAGAUCAUCACUUUAGGCACAGGAAGUUCGAUUCCUGCCAAAUAUAGAAACGUGAGUGCUACAUUGGUAAAGAUUCCAGAAUAUGGGUCUAUUAUGCUAGAUGCAGGUGAAGGUACCUAUGGGCAAAUGAUGCGUAGAUUCGGUAUAGACAGAUUGGAACAAGAAAUCAAAGACUUGAGUUGUAUCUUUAUUUCUCAUUUACAUGCUGAUCAUCAUUUGGGUGUUAUUCAGUUAAUCAAUAAAUGGCACAAGGCUACAAGAAAUGAAAACAAGAUAUUGACUGUAGUGGGUCCAUUUGUAUAUAAGCACUGGUUAAGUGAAUAUGGCGGUGUUGAAUACCUGGGUUCAAAAAGAAAGCUAAAGUUUAUCAGAAAUGAGAACUUAUUAAGCCGUAGAGAAGCAAGAGGAGAAGAACUCAAGAGUUUAAAUGAACUAAAAAAGACACUUGGACUUGCUUCCAUAGAGCCAGUCGAAGUAGUUCAUUGUAGAUGGGCUUAUGGCUUAUCUAUUCAGCACGAAUCAGGCUGGAAAUUAGUUUAUUCUGGUGACACUCGACCUUGUAAUAGACUAGUUGAAUCUGGUAAAGAUGCUACUCUUUUGAUUCAUGAAGCAACCUUAGAAGAUGGUGAAUAUCAAAAGGCUGUUGCUAAGCGACACAGUACAACAGGUGAAGCCAUUGAAGUCGGUAAAAAAAUGAAUGCCCGAUACACACUAUUGAAUCAUUUCAGUCAACGGUAUCCUAAGUUGCCUAUUUUAUCGGAAGAGCAAUCCAAUGUCUGCUUUAGUUUCGAUAUGAUGUCCAUACCCAUCAAACAGUUACCAUUGUUGCCUAAAUACACAAGUGCUAUUCAACUUGCAUUUAAGGAAAUGGAAGAAGAGAAUGAUAUCAGUUGAUUCUGAAAACGCCCAUUAUCUUUAUUUUCAGUUGUGUAACCUAAAGAAAUUUUUUUUGUUCUUGUAUGAUGAAACCUUUUUAUCAUGCACGUAUACUUUGUAACUAAAUAAAACUAUCUCUCUUUGUUUCUUCCUUUUUCUUUUCUCUUUUCUUUUCUUUUGAAAAUAAAAAAUGGCUGACUC